AUGUCAUCCAGGCCUUUUGAAAGUCCACCUCCUUAUAGACCUGAUGAAUUCAAACCGAAUCAUUAUGCACCAAGCAAUGACAUAUAUGGUGGAGAAAUGCAUGUUCGGCCAAUGCUCUCUCAGCCUGCGUAUUCUUUUUACCCAGAAGAUGAAAUUCUUCACUUCUACAAAUGGACAUCUCCUCCAGGAGUGAUUCGUAUUCUGUCUAUGCUCAUUAUUGUGAUGUGUAUUGCUAUAUUUGCCUGUGUUGCCUCCACACUUGCCUGGGACAGAGGCUAUGGAACUGGCUUACUAGGAGGUGGUUUUGGCUACCCUUAUGGAGGAAGUAGCUUUGGUGGCUAUGGAGGCAGCUAUGGCUAUGGUUAUGGCUACGGUUAUGGCUAUGGAGGAGGCUAUACGGAUCCAAGAGCGGCAAAGGGCUUCCUGUUGGCCAUGGCUGCCUUUUGUUUCAUUGCCUCAUUGGCAAUAUUUGUUACCAGUGUUAUAAGAUCUGAAAUAUCCAGAACAAGAGGAUAUUACUUGACUGUGAUAAUAGUGAGUGCUAUCCUAGGUAUCCUGGUGUUUAUUGCCACAAUUGUCUAUAUAAUGGGAGUCAACCCAACUGCCCAGGCUUCUGGAUCUUUAUAUAGUUCACAAAUAUAUGCCCUCUGCAACCAGUUCUAUACACCUGCAGUUACUGGAAUCUAUGUGGAUCAGUAUUUGUAUCACUACUGUGUGGUGGAUCCCCAGGAGGCUAUUGCCAUUGUGCUAGGAUUCAUGAUUAUUGUGGCUUUUGCUUUAAUAAUUUUCUUUGCUGUGAAAACUCGAAGAAAGAUGGACCGGUAUGACAAGUCCAAUAUUUUGUGGGACAAAGAACACAUUUAUGAGGAACAGCCACCCAAUGUGGAAGAAUGGGUUAAAAACGUGUCUGCAGGCACACAAGACAUACCUCCACCCCCAUCUGACUACGUGGAGAGAGUCGAUAGUUCCAUGGUGUACUCUUCCAAUGACAAAGUGAAUGGCAAGCGGUCAUAUCCAGAGUCUUCCUAUAAGUCAACACCACCGGUGCCUGAAGUGGCUCAGGAGCUUCCCCUCACUUCACCCAUGGAUGACUUCAGACAGCCUCGAUACAGCAGCAGUGGUAACUUAGAGACACCUUCAAAAAGGGCUCCCACUAAGGGAAGAGCAGGAAAGCCCAAGAGAAUAGAGCAAGAUCACUAUGAGACAGACUACACGACGGGUGGAGAAUCCUGUGAUGAGCUGGAGGAGGACUGGAUCAGGGAAUAUCCACCCAUCACUUCAGAUCAACAAAGACAACUCUACAAGCGAAAUUUUGACACUGGCCUGCAGGAAUACAAGAGCUUACAAGCAGAACUUGACGAGGUCAAUAGAGAACUCUCUCAUCUAGAUAAAGAAUUGGAUGACUAUAGAGAAGAAAGUGAAGAGUACAUGGCUGCUGCUGAUGAAUACAAUAGACUGAAGCAAGUUAAGGGAUCUGCAGAUUACAAAAGAAAGAGAAAUUACUGCAAACAGUUGAAGAGUAAAUUGUCACACAUCAAGAAGAUGGUUGGAGACUAUGAUAGACGGAAAACUUAG